GUGAAUAAACAUAUAAAAUGUCAUUUCUGCGUUCCAUCUCCACUCUUUCAAAAUUGUUUUGUAAAGGACUCAUUCUCUACUGAAGUGGAUAUAGUGUUCGAUUUCCUGUCACGCAAAGUGUUUGCAAAAGGACAGGACGCACCGAUACUUUCCACGCUAAACCUAGUCUUUCUCAGCUCAAGGCAAGUAUAUAUGACAAGCCCCGUUGUUCUUUUAUAGUUUUGCUAUAUGUUAUCCGCUGUUUCCACGUUGUGUCCGACUGAGCAUCAAUGAGGAACGAAACACCAGAAGCAGUCUUUCCCUGAUUGGAGUCACUUGAGAUCCGUAACUUAGAGAAUUUAAAAGAGAUGUGCCAUGGACAACCACCUUCAAAAAAAAGUAGUCCGCAGGCGUUAAGAAGUUCCUCUUCCACGGGGCUCGCUUGAUUAGUCCAUAGCAAGAGGUCUCACUCUUCUCCAAACAUGGAUGUGUCCAAAUACAAUGACCUAGAAGAAAAUAUAUCAAAAUUAGGAGAAGAUGUUGAGAAACCAAUCAAUGAGUUGGGAUUAGUCCCUGAGUUAACAAACUUGAAGCGAGGCACAGCUUUGUUUCCUAAAUUAAAUUCCUUGAUACUUGAAAAUCUGCCAAAGUUUACAACGCUCAGUGCAGACGCUUCUACUUUGGCAUUGCCAUCCUUGGAAAAAUUAUCUGUAAGCAUGUGUCCAAAAGUAGAAACUUUGGAUUAUAUGCUUAAUACAAGCUCAUCGUUUCAACUAAAGUUUACAGGUUUCACCACCACAUCAUCUGUUGGCGCCUCUGUGGAUUCUAGUCACGGUCUUAGUAGAUUGCUUUCAUGUUUUGGAUCUAUGGAAAUUAAUUCAAGUGAGAAGAGCAUUAUUCAACAGAGAGAUGAAUUGAGUUCGAAAGACGUUCAGGUCAUGAGUAAACUUGUUGACCUUCUCAGCCAAAAAAACAGAGAACUUUUUGACCUAUCUAUCAGAGAUAUGGACAGCAUGCUGUACAUAUGGACAGACCAAAUUGAUGAUGGUUUUUAUCAAAAGUUGAGAAAAAUGUCGGUGUUCAAUUGUCCUGAACUACUGAAUAUCAUUCCACCCAAUAUGAUCAAUAGGAUGAACUAUCUGGAAAAAAUAGAAGUAUCUGGGUGUCAGUCAUUGGAAACGAUAUUUCUCAUUGAGCCGUCUCAACUUGUCGAUUUCCUUCCAAUCUUGAAUUGCUUAGAGGAAUUGGUUUUAAAUGACUUACCAAAGCUGAAGCACAUAUGCAAGAAUACAAAUAUUUUUGAAGGAGAUUUUAAGGGUUUCCAUGAUCUGAAGAGGUUAGAUGUGAAAGAAUGUCACAGUUUGAAAUAUCUUUUCUUAUCCGACAUUGCUAAGCUUCUUGUGGGGUUGGAGGAAGUCAGGGUUACCAAAUGCAACAUGAUUGAAGGAAUUAUAGGGAAAUCAGCUACAGAUGAUGAGGAAGAUCAAGCUCAGUCUAUCAAUGAAAAGAUCAAGAGUACUAAGCAGCGUGGAGAACUUUCGGGAUUAUUAAUGUUUCAAAAACUAAAAAAUCUGGAAAUUGUGGAUUGUAACAAUUUGAGACAUGUGUUCGGUGGUUCCUUCGGCACUAGAGGUUUGGAACAACUUCAAACACUGAAAAUACACGAGUGCCGGGUGAUGAAGAACAUUGUAGCUGCGGUUGCAAACGAAGAAAAUGAGAAGGAAGCAAAAGCAACAACAACAAUGAUGAACAACAAGAUUGUGUUCCCUCAACUAGCCACUCUUGAGUCUUUGGGAUUUGCCCAACAUGGAGCGUUUUUGUCAGGGAAAUAAUUGUGUUAUGGAAUUACCGUCGCUCAGUUAUCUGGUUGUGGAUGAGUGCCCCAUGAUGAGGGAUUUGUCUGACUAAUUUUCAUUUGAUUAUAAACCACUGCUACGACCUUACAAAGCAUACGUACGACAGUCUCCUAGUAAUAGCCACUAGCGUCUUCACAUCACUGUACGAUGUGAUACUGUGAAGAUCAUAAUUUGGAGAAAAGAGCACUCCUACUUCAAAGGCGAGGUGCAAAUAUAUGCGCUGAUUUCCAAUUUAUUUUGUUUUUAUUUUUUAACAAAAACGAUUCUAUGUAUAGUUUUUCAAGUAAUGUAUAUAGCUUUUAUUUGUGAUGGACUUUCUCACCGUAAUUUAGCGUUAAGCAAAGUUGAGGUUUUCAAUAACUUAGAAAACCAAAAGUUUUACAGAAUCCCCAUAUUUUGUGGG